AGCCCAGCCUCCUCUUCCUGCCAUGUCACUUUAGCAAGCUGAGUAAGCAGGGGUGGGGCAUGGGCUUGCGUGCUCUUUAGUUUGCCUUCUCUGAACAAGCAAAGACACCAUUUAAUUGGCAGCUGCGGGGAGAGCUUAAGAUCAGCAAGAAAAUACUUGCUUAGGAAUUUUAUUCUCUGGCUUGCUUUCUACCCUGUGGGGUCAGAACUUACUCAACGGCACGAAGGAAAGAAAAAUGCUAGCAUAGUGCUAACACAAGGAAGUCUGUUCCCACGUAACUCGGAAAGUAACUUUUAAACGGAUUUAUCUGAAGUACUUUCUACAGCACCACAGGACGGAUCAACCUCUACAGAAAUAUGUGAAGAAGUUAAGCUUAAUUACACCUUCACUGUGGAUGAGGAGAUGCUCCCUGUCAUCCAGAACUACUAUGGCAUUUGGAAGAAAAUAAUUAUUUGCCAGUGACCAGCAGAAUGGUAUCUUCUCUGUUGAAUACUGAAAUUCAGCUGUGAAGUUUCAAAGUCAAGCUGGACCCACAUGAAAUCACUCAAGGACUGGUUUUACGCACCAUCUGAGGAUUUCACGGAGACUACAACAAAAUACAAGGUACGGCUUGACUGAAGAAGCAGCUAGUUUUAGCAGUUCAUUGCAUGACAAUGCUAAGCUCUAACUGUUCUGCUGAAGACUCCUUCAAGUAUACGUUGUACGGAUGCAUGUUUAGUAUGGUAUUUGUUCUUGGCUUAAUAUCCAAUUGCGUUGCUAUAUACAUUUUCACCUGCGUAUUGAAAGUACGAAACGAAACAACCACUUAUAUGCUUAACUUAGCAAUAUCAGACCUACUUUUCGUUUUCACCUUGCCCUUCAGGAUUUAUUACUUUGCAUCCAAAGACUGGCCAUUUGGAGACAUACUUUGCAGGAUUUCGGUCACACUCUUCUAUAUAAACAUGUACGGAAGCAUUUUCUUUUUGACUAGCAUAAGCAUUGACCGUUUUUUAGCCAUCGUCCACCCCUUUCGAUCUAAGGCUAUUCGAACAAGAAGAAAUGCCAAGAUCAUCUGCGCUGCGGUCUGGAUAACUGUGAUAGGAGGAAGCAUCCCAGCAAGCUUUUUCCAAUCCACCAAUGUUCAUGUCACCAUGGAAGGACUCCCCCAAAGGACAUGCUUUGAAAACUUUUCUGAAAAAAUUUGGAAAACCUAUCUUUCAAGGAUUAUAAUUUUCAUUGAAAUUGUAGGGUUUUUAAUUCCACUGAUAUUGAAUGUUACUUGCUCCACAAUGGUUUUAAGAACUUUAAAUAAGCCAGUUACACUAAGUCGGAAUAAAUUAAGCAAAAAAAAAGUCCUUAAAAUGAUUUUUGUUCAUUUGCUGAUUUUCUGUUUCUGUUUUGUGCCAUAUAACAUUACCCUAAUACUCUAUUCCCUGAUCAGAACACAAACGUGGAUUAAUUGUUCAGUAGUUGCUGCUGUCAGGACUAUGUAUCCAAUCACUCUAUGUAUUGCAGUUUCAAACUGUUGCUUUGACCCCAUAGUUUAUUAUUUUACUUCAGAGACUAUUCAAAAUUCAAUAAAAAUGAAGAGCUGGUCGACUAGAAGAUACGAUAAUAGAUUCCCUGAAACUAAGGGUUCUGACAAAUUCGUUCAACAUGGCCUCCAGACCAUAAAAACAAGAAUAUUUGACAGUGAAUCUGCAAUAUAAAUGGAAACGAGAGAAUGGAAGAGACAGAAUGAACCUUAAAAAAAAUCUGUAGGUAUUUUGUUUCUUUGUAUAAGGAGUUGCUUGUAUGUUUGUACAUAGAACAAUUAAGAUUAUAUUGAUUAAAGCAAUUAUUUAAAACUA